AUGAACUCUGGUGUAAGAUCAUUUUUGAGAUCUGUAAAUAGAUCGAAUCUAUUUGUAAAUCGAUCAACCACUACUACCACAGUUGUAAAUGGAGUCAAAUCAUCGUCAUCAUCAUCAUCAUCAUCGACAAUCAAUUGUAAAUCAUUUUCACAAUAUAGCAGUACAAAGAGUGUACCUGUAGUAGCAUCAAGUAGCACAUCUUUAAAACCAAAUUCAUCAACAACAUCAUCAAUUUUAUCAAUAAGAAGCAGAGUAACAAGAAAUGGAAUGUCAGUAAUGGAACUAUUGGCAAUUGCAGGAUCAGAUGACGAUGAUGGAGUAUAA